AAAUAUUGUCAGCGCCACUGAGCAAGUCCUGAGCUCCAGGAGGAGUUGUCAUAGUCUCUUCUUCAGUACUGGGGGAUUUUUUUUUUCCUUCCUUCUUCCUUAAUUGCUAUGCAAUGACAUUUGCAUGAAAACCUGGAGGACUUGCAAUUGCAUUCUGCUGGGAUCUAUACCUUUUUAUUUUUUAUAUCUAUAUAUCUAUAUAGAAAUAAUAUCUAUAUUUUUUAAUAUAUAUAUUUUUUUUUUGGUGGUGAUUUUUUUUUGGGUUUUGCAAGCUCUGGAUUGUAUGUUUCCCUAUUGCGACAUAUAUGGUAGCAGAUCUGGUUUUGCAAGAAAACCUUAAGAGCCUCUUUUUAUUUCGGGUUAGGAUUUUCUGCUCUCUCCUUCCGAUCCGUAGAUCAUGGAUGUUCUACCGAUGUGCAGCAUUUUCCAGGAGCUUCAGAUCGUGCACGACACCGGCUACUUCUCCGCUUUGCCGUCUCUGGAGGAAUAUUGGCAACAGACCUGCCUGGAACUAGAGCGCUACCUGCAAAGUGAGCCUUGCUAUGUGUCGGCCUCUGAAUUUAAAUUCAACGGGGAAGACGAGCUUUGGACCAAAUUUAUUCUGGCAUGCGAGAAAAAGGAGGAGCCCGACCCCCAACUUAUCUGUAUCAAAACGGAGGACAUCUCUGACAGUCAAAAUCUAGAGACCAAUAGUUUGAACUCUGACUUUAGUAGCGACUUAUCGGACAGCUCCGAGGAGCUUUCGCCAACUUCCAAAUUUACCUCAGACCCCAUUAAUGGCAUAGUGAUCAAGUCGGAACCUUUUAGUUCGUCCAUCACUACACCACCGUCAUCGCCCGAACAGGGUAAGGAGUCUCCCUAUCAUUUGUGGAACACUAUCACCGGAGAGCUCCAUUCACCUGGGAAAGUGCGCCCUGGUCCAUUUAUAAAGACUGAUCAAGGUAGCCCGAUCAGCGGUGGAGAAACGUCACCGGACGGCAGGAAACGCGUCCACAAGUGUCACUUCAACGGUUGCAAGAAAGUUUACACCAAGAGCUCACAUCUUAAAGCACAUCAGCGCACUCAUACAGGAGAGAAGCCUUACAGAUGUUCCUGGGAAGGUUGUACGUGGCGUUUUGCAAGAAGUGAUGAACUGACCAGACACUUCCGAAAACACACUGGUGCCAAACCAUUCAAGUGCACACAUUGUGACAAAUGUUUCUCCAGGUCGGAUCACUUGGCUCUGCACAUGAAGCGACACAUAUGAAUGAGGAAGUCACGUGGUUAAAAGCGACUUCAAGGUUGAAUUGCCUUGUGCGAGGGAUGCAAGUUCCAGCCAAAGCAUGCCAAUUUGCACCCUAACCAAUUGCCUUCAAGACCUCACUUCUUCAAGGGGCUUUGCAGGGCUUAUCAAUCGUGUGAGAUGCGGCAUAGCAACCAUACAGUGCUACUUCUGGAGCUGCCUGGGCCCGUGCACUAUUGGUGCUUGAUCUUCUGAGUGGCUUGACUAAGCCGUCGCCGUGAGCAUGUGCACUGAGAAUGUUAAUGUUUGGGUGACUGAAUGGUGACAAGGAGCCAAUGUCUGAAUGUUGAAGACCUCGUUUAGUUUUUUUUUGUUUUUUUUUUUUUGUUUUGUUUUUCUUCGUCUGGUUGAGUUCAGUUGCAAGGGAUUAGAAACAAACAACAAAAAAGGUUUAAAAGAAAAAUAACAAAAAAAAAAAUUAAAAAUAAACGGUUUGAAUGUUUUGUAUGCUAUUGCAUACUCUUGUUAUAUGGGACAACCAUCAAUCAUUCUACUUGGGGGAGGUCGGCUUCUAAAAUAAAAGGAAGCCAUGACUCCUCAAAAGGGGAUUGAUCCCUUUCCUGUGUGAGAGGAGCUUUUGUUGUCUGGUGCAGCUAUUAAACGUGCAAUGUGUCAAGUAGCUUGUUUCUACUGGCUACAACGAUUGUUUGUAACCCAUUGUAUAAGCUGUGUAUUUACAAUUAUAACACAACUAUAACUUCAUUAUAAUAGAAAGGUAUUGCAUGGUUCAGGGGAAAUGUGUACGCUUCUCCAUAAUUUAAUCAGGACUGCAGUUAUGAUUCCAGUUGAGAGCAGCUAAAAAUACAAUUGGUCUGUUGUUACAUUACUUAUGUAUAGAAUUAAAAGGAAAAAAAAAAAAUCAAAAAAAGAAGAAAAAAAAAGUGGAAAACACCACUAUAGCUUAAAAACUGAUUUUUCUCAUGCAGCUAAUUUUUUCUAUUAUUUAUGCCUUGAGGACUAAUUUCCGGUUUUUCUAGCUGUUAACGCACUGUUGUCCUUAAAAAUGGUGCCUUAUGCAAGUGGCCUUCUCCAGUGAUGGAUGGGGGUCAUAUACAGGGGUUUAAGUGAUGUAAGCUUACUUAAGGCUCUGUUGUCACCCAGGGUUGUACUCCUUUCUUUUACUAUUUUUUUUUUUUUAUCAUUUUUUUUCUUCCCUUUUCUUCUUCGGACACACAUGGGUUUUAUGUUGUAAAAAAAGGUGCAAUCCAUAGCAUCCAAUCGCCUCAGAAUAUGGUUCCAUAUUGUAUCAUUUUAUAAGCAACAUAAUAGUAUAAAAAAAAAUAAUCAAGGCAUACGGCCGAAGGCUUUUUAACACUUUUUGGCUCUCGUGUAUGUGUGUCCAUUCUUUCCUGUACUAUGUUGAACGCUCAUGUUAUAGUAAUCUGCUUUUCGGAACACACUGAUCUGUUCAGAACUAUCGCUUACACCUGCUCUACAUGAAACUUGCACAAAUGUAUGUGUACAUGCACUUAAUAUGUAAACUGCUCAUAUACUUGUCAAGGUACAAAAUGUGUUUGUUUGGAAGGUUAACUCUCCUUUAUUUUUAUUUGUUUUUUAUUUUUUCCCUCUCCUUCUUUUGUCUGUAUUCUAUUUAAGUCCCACAAUCCACCAAAGCAAAUGUAAAAACUGGCAACAUUUUUUUUUUUCUCUCCUCAGUCAGUCUCCGCUACACGAUAAACGUGCACUCUACAGCUGAAAAUGUACUAGGCCUGUAGCUAUUCAUAUUUUUAUUUUUAUUUUUUUUAAGGAGGAAAUUUUUUGGGGGGAAAAUUAUUUGGGUGCAAGCCUAUGUAGUCUUAGGUCACUGAGUGUUAAGAUCUGUAUUAAGAGUUUGAAUAAAUAUAUAUAUAUUUUUGUAAUAUGUUAUUUAAUGUCUAAACAGAGAAAAAAAAACCUGUAGAAUAAACUUUAAAGUUGAUAUCCUGAGCAUUGUAGAUUUUAACUAUCACUUUUUGUUAUUUUCUCAUAGUAGAAAUGAAAAAAAUAAAAGAAAUUUAAACCAUUGUCUGCCAAAAGAUAAUGCCGGAUAAAGAAAUUCUUUAUCCUGCAUUAUCUUGCAACCCAAAAAGUUCCACUUGUGUUUCUACCAAUUGGGGCUUACUAUUGUCGUAGCAGGAAGAUGCACACAUUAAAUACAGCAUAUCAUUGGCUUUUUCGUAUGUUCUCUUUUUUAAAUUUUUUUUUAACUAUUUUCUCAACAUUUGAAUUCCUUAUAUCCUGCAUCCUUGCUUUAGUCGAUGCAUAGUAACCAACAAUCCAUAAGAGGCACGAGGACCCUGCUCGAAAAGAGUUCAUAAUGUAUUAGGAGUGAUAGACAUCAGCACUAUUAUAGGCUAUUAUAGACAUCAAUCUGUCAGUGUUCCCCCAACCAGGGUGCCACUAGCUGUUAUAGAACUGCAACACCUAGCAUACCUGAAUAGCCUUUGGCAUGCUAGGUGUUGUAGUUCUGCAACAACUGGAGGCACCCUGGUUGGGAAACACUUGUCUGUGUGGAUGGAGUGGGCAUGCACAGAUAGUGAUGUCACUCACCAGCUUCUGCCGGCACAAUCCAUUCCGAAGUCAGACGUUGAGUUUUGUGAAUACCAUCUAGGAUGUGGCCACAAGACUUGCGUGUAGAGGGUCUAGAGCCUGUUCCCCUUUUUUGGGUUAAAAUGGUUUCUAGGGCUUUCAAUAUCUGAUUCAAUUGGUUGGGUCUGACACCCCGCCGAUCAGCUGUUUGCAAAAGCAGCGGUAGUCUGUUGGUGUCCCACCAGUCAGGUAUCGUCCUAUUCUUAGAGGCCAUCAAUAAAAAAAACAAAGUAAUGGAAAGCACAAGAAAGAAUAUAAAUAUUUGUUCCAGAAGAGACCUGAAAUUUACUGAUUUCCAGACUCCUGAUAUCUCUACUCUGCAAAACAAUGCAAUACCCAUAAGGAAUUGUGCCAAUUUGUAGACAUGGCUCCUAUGUUUUAGUGUUCUGCAAAUCAGAAAGUUUUUUUUUAAGUUUUUCUCUCCUACAAGAACAGUUUGAAAGUGCAAAUUUUUUACUAACCAUGAUUUUGCUUUCCCCGAAGUCUGACAGCAGCACAACGAAGCAAUCGAAUUGACCAUGCUGUCUUUAAUGUGUGACUUGCUGUUUACGGCAGUUUUUUUUUUUUUUUAUAUAUACCUUUUUAAAGGUACAUGUACUAAAUGAAACAAAAUAAAAAAGUGUCUUAAACGUAUUGGCCUAAUAACAGUUUGCUUUUUAAACUUACUGUGUAAGUAAAUUGUCAUUUUCAGUUUGGUUUUGGCAUAAAACCAGUUUAGCUGGCUCUUCCGCUUUUUCCAGUUUCACAUUCUUGUGUGGACAAGGCGAGAAAAAUAGUCUUUGUAUAUAGCCAGAGACUAGUAGCAUUUCUGAAUAGUUUUUUUUUUUUUUUUCCUUUUUUGAAGUGCUCAAAGUUUAGCCAUAAUAAUCACAAGGAGAUAAACAAAGGUGCUUCAAUAUGCACUGGCUUGUCUUGCUUGUAAAAUGCCAUCGGCAUUCUUUUGAAUAAGGUGGAUCCUCCCCGUAUGUGAAUGCCUAUAAUUUACUUCAUAAGAAAAUACACUCUGUUCAGGUGAUAACUGAGCCUCAGUCAAGCUGAAUAGGGGGCGGGGGUGGGGAAAAUCUACAUUUGCUUGAAAUUUGGGGAAAAAAAAGUUUUUUUAUUAGUGAUUUUUUUUUAUUUUAAUUUUAUUUUGAACACCCUGUUAUCUGAAGAAUCUUUGUAAGAUUUUUGUAAAAUGAAAACCGUUUUUUUUUUUGUUUUACAAGAUUUUAUUUGAAAAUUGUUUUUUUUUGCAAGAUUGUUAUAUUUCUGUAUGAAUGUAUUUUUUAUUGGAA